AUGACCAAGAGCAAUGUCCUGAAUGAAGAACAAAAUGUUGUUGAUCAAGAAGAAAUUCAUGAAGAAGAAGCUGUGAAUGAUGAAAUUCAAACACAAGAGGAUUGCAUUGCUAGAAAAAAAGGAAAAAUAGAAAUAGUGCUCCCUGCCAGAUUCAAAGAUUGUGUUGCAUGUAUGGCAUAUGCAUUAUCGGUAAUCAAAGUUGAUAUCCCUACAAAUUUUACCGAAACAGUAAGCAAUAGAGAAGAGAAGCAAUGGCGUGAAGCAAUUGAUGACGAGAUGCUCUCUCUCAAGAAGAACAAGACCUGGGAAUUAGUAGAGUUGCCUAAGGGAAGAAAAGUUAUUGGAUGCAAAUGGGUAUAUGCAAAGAAUGAGGGAGUCAAUGAUGCAAGGGUGGUGCGGUUUAAAGCUAGGCUAGUGGCUAAGGAAUAUGCUCAGAAAGAAGGAAUCGAUUAUAAUGAAAUAUUUUCUCAUGUGGUGAAACACUCCUCCAUUCGAAUUUUUCUUGCUCUAGUAGCACAAUUUGAUCUUGAGUUAGUGCAACAAGAUGUAAAAACUGUGUUCCUACAUGGAAAUUUGUCUGAAGAAAUUUACAUAAGACAACCUGAAGAGUAUGAAGAAAAAGGAAAAGAGGGUUUAGUCUGCAGGCUAAACAAGUCGCUAUAUGGUUUGAAACAAUCACCCAGGCAGUGA